AUGACUUCAGCAACAAACUUAAAAGACUUGGAAGACAGUUUGAAGGAACUUCCCAAUGAGUUAAAUCAAAAUUUAACUAUGAUGCUGGAUCUUGGAUCAAAAUCUAAAGAAUUGAUGACUGGUAUUGAUAAAAUGGCCGACAAUUAUAUGUUAAAUUUCAAAAAGAAUUCAGCAGAAGAAAAUAAAAAAAAUAUGGAAAACAUCCAACAAAAGUUUGAUGCUGCAAAAGAGUUGAGUGACGACAAGGUGCAACUAUCCAUUCAAACUUAUGAGUUGGUGGAUAAACAUAUUAGAAUAUUAGACUCGGAAAUAGCUAAAUUUGAAGCUCAAAUGAAAUUGAAUGCUGAAAUACGUGAUACUGUCAUUAAUGCUACUAGAAAUUUACAACAACAAAGGGGUAUAAAGUCGAGAAGUGCACCAUUUUCAGUCAGUACUGUCGCUGAUCGUCCAAAGCCUAUCAAUAGCGUAGCUAAUGUAGUAAAUCGUAGUUCUCAUACUGACACAGGAGUUGUAAAUUUGGCUGAUGCAGACAUGCCUAUCGAUCCCAAUGAACCAAAAUUUUGUUUAUGCAACCAAGUAUCUUUCGGUGAAAUGAUAGGCUGUGAUGAUCCAGAUUGUGUUAUUGAAUGGUUCCACUUUGCAUGUGUCAAUUUAACUACCAAGCCAAAAGGAAAAUGGAUCUGUCCAAAAUGUACAAAAGACAAGAAAAAAAAAUAA